GAAGAAGCCGAGGCUUGACUUUCCGAGCGACUGCUUCUCUUUCGCGUUGAGGCUGAGAACUUGGCAGAGCCUGGCAGGACAGGACAGCGCAGAACGGGAGCAGCGGGAAAUUAUGCGCCAAGUUCUUCCCAGAGCCUUGGAGCUGGCAAAGAUCCCGAAAAAAGCUGGUCAGGAUGGAAAGGGGGGAAAUCGAAGAGUCAAUCCUCGCCCCCUCCCCACCCCCCAGCUCCAGUGAAGAGAGAAGAGAGGGGAAUGAAGCCAGUCGUCUUCGCAAAUUCCAUUUGGAAGAGCCAACAGGCAACGAGACUGAAACGAACAGAUGGAGGUAGGUCGUGGGAAGCUUUUGUGGAUUCACAGGGGUUAACAUAAAAAGCAGAUGUCUAGGUGUGGUUCAUGGGCACAGCAAAGAGGGGAGGCGGGGAGGGACAGCUGUCCCCGCAAUUAAUAAAAAUAUAUAAAAACACAUAGAUGAGGUUCUCCCCCCCCACCCCACAAAAGACCUAAUCCGCUCUAAAUCUUGGCUACGCCCAAGGUGUGGUUGGAAUUGGCUCAGAUUGUGGGUUUAGGAACGAGGAGACCACAGAAGAAAGGAUGCUAAGGGAUUGAUUGGGGAAAGGGAAGCUGGAGGAAGCGAGAAGGAGACAGAGGCAAGGCUUGGGAGAGAAGCAAAAAGGACAGAAGACAAAUGUAGGGAGGUUUAUAAGGAAGGGAGGUUCUCUUGUGGAGCACUGGCGCCAUUUGAAGUUCAGUAUGUCUCCACUAUAACCAUCGCUGCAGCAGGCACCAUUUUACAACCUCAUUUAUUUGUAAAAUCGGUCUUAUGGGCAGGACCUGACAAGAAGGAAGUGGAGAAGGUUAGGGUAGAGAAAGGUGGUGGAGAGUUUUAAAGGUAGGGGUGAAGAGUUUGCUAUGGGUGCUGAAAGAUGCGAAACGACAGCACAGCACAAAGAUAUGAGGAGAGUUUGGCUUGGCAACGGGGUGGCACACAAAAAGCGGGUGGCGCUGUGGUCUAAACCACAGAGCCUAGGGCUUGCCGAUCAGAAGGUCGGCGGUUCAAAUCCCUGCGACGGGGUGAGCUCCCAUUGCUCGGUCCCUGCUCCUGCCAACCUAGCAGUUCGAAAGCACGUCAAAGUGCAAGUAGAUAAAUAGGUACCACUCUGGCAGGAAGGUAAACUGCGUUUCCGUGAGCUGCUCUGGUUUGCCAGAAGCGACUUAGUCAUGCUGGCCACAUGACCCAAAGCUGUACGCCGGCUCCUGCAGCCAAUAAAGCGAGAUGAGCGGCGCAACCCCAGAGUCGUCCACAACUGGACCUAAUGGUCAGGGGUCCCUUUACCUUUAAGGUGCUACUGGACAUUUUUUUAAAUUUUUUUUUAUUUCUAUUGGAUUAUAUUGGCAUUGCUGAAUUGCUGCUUACAUCACUGAAGGCAAACAUAGAGGUGUGGCAUCAGAGCAAGAGACCCCCGACCUUGCUUUGGUGCUCCCUGAAUCUGUGCUCUGCUGAAGAUGAGUCGACUCUAGGCUCUCAUUUAGGGGGAAAUCCUUUCAGAAAGCCCAGUAAGUACCAAGCGAUUGGUCCUGCUUGAGCUGCUUACAGCUUAGAGCAGAGCUUUCCAAACUGUGUGUUUUAUGGGGUCUCACAGGGUCAUGCCCAUCUACCUGGUCACACGCAGGGGGAGGACGCUCCAGACCAGGUGUGACAGGAAGUCCUCCUGCCUGGAGUAACAUCCUCCUGUGUGUCCACUCUGGGCAAAUAGGAAUACUUCACUGCUUAUGUUACAUCCCACAUCCAGUUUGCUAGUCAAACUGUGUUGCGAAAUGAUGCAUUUCUAAAAAGUGAGUCACCAGCACGAAAAGUUUGGAAAGCUCUGGCUUAGACUAUUCUGCAGGAGGGCAUGGAGGCCACAACCUUGAGGAGAGUCCUCCUGCUUUGUGGUGAGGAUAUUAUACUGCAACAUUUUGUGGCUGGCACCACCAGUGCAAUAUUUGACUAUGUUAAGCUGUCAUACAGAACUGCCUUGGAGUUGUAGCAUCCCACAAAGGUGUUAAACACAGAGUUCUCCAAAGCUCUGUUGGAUCAGUCUCAUGAGCGCUUAUGGAUAUAUGUUUUAUUUGUUCCCUACCACACAGGCUAAAGCCUUCCAUUGUUCUCAAUGUUGUCUUCUUUAUCUUCAUCAUCAUUCUCCUUGCAGUAGGUAAGUUGCAGAAACUUGGGUGCUACUUUCCUUGAAGUUUCUCUUCAGCCACCCGGGAUAGCUCAGUCAGUAGAACAUGAAGCUCUUAAUCUCAGGGUUGUGAGUUCAAGACCCGUGUUGGGCAAAAGUUUUCAUCUUCAGCACUAAAGGGAUUACAGUGGUACCUCAGGUUAAGUACUCAAUUGGUUCCGGAAGUCCGUUCUUAACCUGAAGCGUUCUUAACCUGAAGCAGACUUUCCCAUUGAAAGUAAUGGAAAGUGGAUUGAUCCGUUCCAGAUGAUGAAAAACACCCCCUAAAACAGCAAUUUAACACGGAUUUUACUGUUUCAUGAGACCAUUGAUCCAUAAAAUGAAGGCAAUAAUCAAUGUACUCUACUAUAAAAUAAAUAAGACAGUAUUUUAGAUUUUAAAAAUCUAAUUCUUUUAUUACAUGCACUCAUUGUUUGGAUGGGGGCUCAGGGUCCUCUUCCACAAUCACAAUCGGCUUGGCUCCUGGCAUUUGCAGAGCCUCUCUAGGCACCGCUGAUGUCGGGGCUUGGUUCCUGGCAUUCAUGGAGGCCUCAGAGAGCUCCAUAGUCCCCGUGGAUGUCUGGGUUUGCCUCCAGGCAGCAGCGAGGCCUCCAAGAGCUCAGACAACUUACUUCCGGGUUACAAUCAUUCGUAACCCAAAAAAAUGUAAGUUGACACAUUCAUAACCCGAGGUACCACUGUAUAACAGUUCCAGCAGAAUUUGCUUUAGAUUGGCAAAUACUAUGUGAUAGGAGAACAUAGGGAUGACAUCAUACGUACAUCACCCCAAAAAGGCACAUACUGUUGAAUGGUUUCUUUAAAUGUAAAGGUUCAUCACUGUUCCACCCGAUGUGUAUGUCUUUAAGGGGCCAGAGCAAGAUACCGAGACCCAGCUUUACAGCUGUGAAACAUAGCAGGUGCUGUUGAGUUGUAUUGAUUAAGCUGUGUUGGUAAUUGGGUGUAGUAUAUAAGGAGCAGCACCUAGCUCUCCCAUUACCCUGGGGGAUGGGUUGGUGGUUGGGUCUGGUUUGUUGAUGUAUUUAGUGUAAAUGGAGUUUUUGUUUUUCUUAUUAAAACCUUGUUUAAGUUAUUUUUGAGUCCCUUUUUAAUGCUUGGUCUCCCCAGCAAGCUCUCUGCAGCGUUACUAUACUGCAAAUAGCCAACACAUACAUCCAGCACUGGAUGCCUAUUAUCACAGUGUGUACACAAAGGGAGCUUUUCCAUAAUUCCCAAUUUUUCUUCCCUUGGUCUUGGAAAUUGAGAUUACCAAGCUCCCAGUUCUCCUGCUCCCCAGCAAUGGGGCGAAUGCCUGAGCUGUAUCCUCCUCAGCCUGCAUGAGUGUUCCCUGCAAGGCCAGCCCUAUCAUGAGGCAGAGUGAAGCAGCUGCCUCGGGUAGCAGAUGGGAGAUGGGUGGGAGAAAGUAAUGGUGAGCUGUUGGAGAAGAGAGCUCUCUGUGCUGCUAUUAUCUGCCCUGUGGCCCCAUAGCUCCUGCCCUCAGAUAUGGUGCAGGACACUGUCUGGUUACAAGUGUAAGAUUCAAGUGCCUAUCUGUGCAUGGAAUUGAGAGUGAAUGCUUUCUUGUUUUUCACUUUAAACAGCAAGAUACUUGGGCCAACUCCUGGCUUCCGGAGAGGCUUCCUGUAGGUGUGGUUGUCAUCCUGCCCUUGGCAACAGAAUGUUGUUUCUCUUCAGAGACUGUGUACCUCACUUUUGUUACUUUCAGCUAAUCUUCCCAGAUGGCUAGUGGAUGGAGUGCAUUGUAGAUGUAUAGUAAAAAGGGAUACAUAUGUGCUUAAGAUAUACAGGUAUGUGACUUAUGUUUUGCACUUGGGAAUUGCAAAAGAAUACAAAAAAGUUAUGUUUUAAGGAGUUGUGAGGUAGAUAGCUAGGCCCUACUCUGUUUCGGCCGAAUGAUCCCAGUUUCUGUCUGUGCUUCUCAGUGAUAGCUGGAUGAAUAUUAUUAUUAUUAUUAUUAUUAUUAUUAUUAUUAUUAUUAUCUUUAUUGUCAUUGCCCCCUUCGGGGACAACGAAAUUACUUGACUGCUCCAUAAAAACACUAAUUAAACAAUACAGUAUAAUACAGCAAGGGAGAUUAGAUGACUUUCAAAGUCUGGGCUUCCCAUUCAGGGCCGAGAUCGCUCUGGAGAAGAAGCUGUUCUUAAGACGGCUCGUUCUUAAUCUGGUAUCACUGAAUUCUCUGUAUCUAUCUUAGUUCUUUCUAACAGAACAGAGCAAACAAGUUGCAACCCUGUUUUUGCUGAAUAUUGCCCAUACAACUGGACUGGCUUUAGAAACAAAUGCUACUACUUUUCGGAAGAAGAAGGGGAUUGGAACUCCAGCUACGAUUUUUGCGUCUCAAACAAUGCGUCUCUUGCUAGGAUUGAAGAGGAUGAAAAGGUGAGGUGUGGAAACAUUGUCUAAGCUGUUUGAUAUAUAACUCAAAGCCAUGGUUUGUUCGACAAACCACAAGUUAACCAUGAGUUGUCCUAUGGGUGGUCAAAGAAACCAUGGCUUUGGCUCAUUUCCCAACUGCUUUUGCCUCAUGCUUUUGUAGCUUGGUUAGUGGUCAGACAAACUAUGGUUAAAGAAGGGUGCUGGGUUAGCACAUAACACUAAGUGAUUGUUAAAACAAACAAGCAUUUGUAAUUAUUAUUAUUAUUAUUAUUAUUAUUAUUAUUAUUAUUAUUUAUACCCCGUCCAUCUGGCCCAGCCACUCCAGGCAGCUCCCAACAGAAUAUUAAUAAUAAUAAGCAGUGCUUUUUUCUGUUAAAAAUGUUAAAAAUGUUUAGGGGUACUCUCAUUUUCCUACUCAUAUUGAAAUACUGCCCCUCAAUGAGGCCAAACUUAGAUUCACAAAAUGUUUAGAGGUAUGCGUACCCCUGCCUUCCCCCAGAAAAAAAGCACUGAUAAUAAUAAUAAAGCAAUAGAACAUCAAACAUUAAAAAUUUCCCUAAACAGGGCUGCCUUCAGAUGUCUUCUAAAAGUCAGAUAGUUGAUUAUUUCCUUGACAUCGGAUGGGAGGGCGUUCCACAGGGUGGGUGCCACCACCAAGAAGGCCCUCUGCCUGGUUCCCUGUAACCUGACAGUAGGCAGUGAGGAAACCGCCAGAAGACCCUCAGAGCUGGACCUCAUUGUCUGGGCUGAACGAUGGGCGUGGAGACGCUCCUUCAGGUAUACUGGGCUGAGGCUGUUUGGGGCUUUAAAGGUCAGCACCAAUACUCUGAAGUGUGCUCAGAAACAUACUGGGAGCCAAUGUAGGUCUUUCAGGACCAGUGUUAUAUUGUCUUGGCGGCCACUCCCAGUCACCAGUCUAGCUGCCGCAUUCUGGAUUAGUUGUAGCCUGCAACAAACCAUAGCUUCAGAUCAGUAAGUAAACCACAUAAUUCUAACCCAUAGUUUAAUAAACAAUAGUUUAAUAAACCACGGCUUAUGUGAACCAGGCUAUAUUGUACUUUAAUCAUUAAGUUCAACCAUUAUGUAGUACAAAGGAGCUGAUUUAAAUGCAGAAAUAAUUGUAGGGUCAUAGCAGUAAACACUGAGCACAUAAAAUAAUUUUUGUUAAAAAGUAUUUAUUUAAAACAAACACCCAACCCCACAUUUGUAUCCUGUGCUGGUAGCGGAACUGAGUUAAGAACUCCAUCCAACAUUCCCUUUUAAUGAAACAAAUGUAGGAAAUAGAAUGAGGAUGUUAAAAUGAUGAGAGAAUAAUAAUUAUGUUAAAAAAUGUUGGAGAACAAUAUUUUUAUUAGAGAGCCAGUGUGGUGUAGUGGUUAAGAGCGGUAGUCUCGUAAUCUGGGGAACUGGGUUCGCGUCUCCGCUCCUCCACAUGCAGCUGCUGGGUGACCUUGGGCCAGUCACACUUCUCUGAAGUCUCUCAGCCCCACUCACUUCACAGAGUGUUUGUUGUGGGGGAGGAAGGGAAAGGAGAAUGUUAGCCGCUUUGAGACUCCUUCGGGUAGUGAUAAAGCGGGAUAUCAAAUCCAAACUCUUCUUCUUCUUCUUGUUAUAUAUUAUAUGAUAUUCGGAUGUCAAAAAAUGGUAAAAUGUUAAUAAAAAUUAUUUAUGUAAAAAAAGAACUCCAUCCAACAAGUUGCUCUUUCUUUUUUUAAAAAAGAAACUGGUAAACAUUUUAGAUUUGUGUAAUGUUUUCAGUUGCACUGUGAACAUGGCGGUUCAAGGCUCUAAUACCUUCUGGUCUUUUAAAGGCUUAUUGUAAACUUCAUGACAUGAAGAGGAGCUACUGGAUUGGCAUCCAACCUGGGAUGGGAGAGACCCGGAAAUGGCUAAAUGGAGACACAGCAACGUGAGUCCUUCCCAUAAAUACUGAUAAUCAAAAAUGAAAUGUUUCCCAAGACAGCUCGGUAUAUAAUUGUUUAUCAAAGAGCUUCUUCCCUAAGCAACAUAAUUUUGAACAAAAUCACAAUUCCCCUGAAAUGGGAGUUUAGAAUGCAAUUUAUUUGAAAUCCUGCAGGUGAUGUGCUUCAGAUCACAGCAGGUGCUACAAUAACUAUGUUCUACUUUCAGUGGAGUACGGCAAGGCUGUAUAUUGUCUCCCUGCUUAUUUAACUUAUAUGCAGAAUUCAUCAUGCGAAAGGCUGGGCUGGAUGAAUCCCAAGCCGGAAUUAAGAUUGCCGGAAGAAAUAUCAACAACCUCAGAUAUGCAGAUGACACAACCUUGAUGGCAGAAAGUGAGGAGGAAUUAAAGAACCUUUUAAUGAGGGUGAAAGAGGAGAGCGCAAAAUAUGGUCUGAAGCUCAACAUCAAAAAACGAAGAUCAUGGCCACUGGUCCCAUCACCUCCUGGCAAAUAGAAGGGGAAGAAAUGGAGGCAGUGAGAGAUUUUACUUUCUUGGGCUCCAUGAUCACUGCAGAUGGUGACAGCAGUCACGAAAUUAAAAGACACCUGCUCCUUGGGAGAAAGGCGAUGGCAAACCUAGACAGCAUCUUAAAAGCAGAGACAUCACCUUGCCAACAAAGGUCCGUAUAGUUAAAGCCAUGGUUUUCCCAGUAGUGAUGUAUGGAAGUGAGAGCUGGACCAUAAAGAAGGCUGAUCGCCGAAGAAUUGAUGCUUUUGAAUUAUGGUGCUGGAGGAGACUCUUGAGAGUCCCAUGGACUGCAAGAAGAUCAAACGCAUCCAUUCUUAAGGAAAUUAACCCUGAGUGCUCACUGGAAGGACAGAUCGUGAAGCUGAGGCUCCAAUAUUUUGGCCACCUCAUGAGAAGAGAAGACUCCCUGGAGAUGACCCUGAUGUUGGGAAAGAUGGAGGGCACAAGGAGAAGGGGACGACAGAGGACGAGAUGGUUGGAUAGUGUUUUCGAGGUUACCAGCAUGAGAUUGACCAAACUGCGGGAGGCAGUGGAGGACAGAGGUGCCUGGCGUGCUCUGGUCCAUGGGGUCACGAAGAGUCGGGCACGACUAAACGACUAAACAACACUACUUUCAGUGUCAGAGGCAACCAGUUGAGGGGAAUUGCAAGUGGGCAGAAUGGUGCUGCACUCAGGUCUGGCUUGCAGGCUUCCCACUGUGAGAACAGCAUGCUGGCAUAGUGUAGGGGGGCUGGGGGGUAUUUUUUUGGGGGGGUGCAUUCCUCUCAAUGCCCUGCUGUGUCAUGAGCUGGAGGGCACCUUGAGAAGGGCACAACAGCUCCUGGCGCCCUGCACCAUUUUCACAAGAUGGCAGUAUUGAGUCAGUGGCUCAUGUGCUUCUGGUUUGCACUCUUUAUAAAGAUUUGAGGAGUGAGGCUAUCACGCCUCUAUUAUUGUCCCUGCCGGGUCACUGAGCCAUUGCUACUGUGUCCUUUCUUUUAGCAGAUCGAGAUGAUCAGGUGACAGCAAAAACUGCAAGGUUUUUUAGUGGGGAGCAAUUAGAAUAAGAUAAACUAGGGCCCAGGGCCUUUUCAGUACUGGCCCCAACUUGGUGGAACGCUCUGUCACAAGAGACUAGGGCGCUGCGGGAUUUGGCAUCUUUCCGCAGGGCCUGCAAGACAGAGCUGUUCCGCCUGGCCUUUGGUUUGGACUCAGUCUGACCCUUAUGUUUUCCUCCCCUCAUGGUUUUGAUCUAUGGGCUACUUUUAAAAUGAGGCUGCUUUUUAAAUUGCAUUUAAACCUGUAUUUUAAAUUGGGUCCCCCCCCCCCCAUUAUGUUCCUAUUGUAAUUUUACUGGUGUUAGCAGCCCUGAGCCCGGCUCUGCCUGGGAAGGGCAGGGUAUAAAUAAAUUGUUGUUGUUGCUGUUCAUUAUUAUUGUUAUUGUUGUUGUUAUUGAUGUAAUCCCCCAAAAUGUAUUUUGUAUAGUUAAGUUUUUACCUCUACCUUCAGUACAUUUUAUUUUGUGGCUGUGGCUGAUGCAAAUAAAGAUUCUUCUCAUUCCGAUUCUUUUUGCAAGUCUCGCAGAGCAGUGCUGGGCUUGCGGGGUGCUGCGAGUACACCCCUCAAAGCACGGCAGGAUCAGCCGGCCAAGCUCCUCACUUUACGGCCAGGCAGGAGACACAACACAGCUCCGCUUUGCUCCAGUGGGCAGGGGUUGCGCCCUGCCCCACAGCACGCUACGUGCCCCCUGGCUUGUGCACACCCACCGCAGGUGCCAACAGGGAACACUCUGCCACUGUGCUAUUCACAUGUGUUCCAGGUGCCAAGUGAAUUGAGCUGCAUUAUCCUAACUUGUCAAUACCAAUUUAUUGUUGUAGGGGAGACAUUUGACCCUUGCCUGACUCUAUAUUUUGUGUUGCAGGAUGAAAGUCAUUGGAACAGGAAAAUGUGCCUAUUGGAAAGCGCAAGAUGACAAUGCCACAGCCUCAAGGUGCACCUCAGCACAUCAGUGGAUUUGCAGCAUAUCUGUCAAAUCUAAAAAUCACGAUGAAAUAUGAAUGAAAAACAUGUUAAAG